AUGGCUCUAAGUACUUUGAAAUAUGCAAGAACGUUACAAGGUCUCCAGAAUGAGCCGUGGUUCUUCUCAAAUUCAUUCACCAUUCAAAAGGGGUGCUGUUCACUAAAGAUCGAUACUACCGAUCACAAUUCUGGAAGAAUAAAAUUUUGA